CACUAGCCACACUAGCCAAUAAAAAUCAACGCUGUGUGUUGUUUUCUGCGAGUUUUUUUUUGCCAACAGAAAGCCAGGGAAAUGCAGCCAAUUAAAAAUUAUUAAUUUUCUCGUAUAUCUUCUCAUUAGCAGUAGCUUAAAGUACAUAUAAUCUAUUUAACUCUCCAGUUUUAAUGCUUGUGAUGCCAUGAACAACGAAUAUUCAAUAAGUGCUAUUAAUCAGAUAACGGCUUGGAGAUGGCAACAUUACCACAAAAAUAAUAAAAGCUGAACAAUUUGCUUUUGAUAAUGAUAUUUUACAAUCGCAAUCACUGGGUAAUGAACAACGAACAGAUUUAACUCUUUGUUGUAUGUGUAUAGAAAGAUUAAAAAUUGGCUUGCCAGUGAUGUCAGGCAUUACUUUUACCAAGUGCAAACCCGGAAGCAUUCCCGUUACAAUCAUCGACAAUAACACGCUCAGUGGCACUCUCGCUCAUCUUAUGGAAGAACAUCAUCAGCAGUCGGGUGAAGAAACGGUACCAGAACCAGUGAGCACAUCUACUGGAGGAUUAAUUUCGAACAGAGCGGAGCAACUGCGUCUACAUGGCAGUCGUCUUCAGACAUCGCGCUUUGCUUGUUUUCGAUGUUUUGGUAACUUUCUCACAUAUCUGGUGAUGCUGAGAAGAACACCUGAGGAAUUGGAGCAACGAUAUAAGUCAAAGGAGAUUGAUAGAUUUCUUGAGAAGGAAAAACACUCAUUUCGAAGACAGGUAAAACUGCUGCUCCUAGGCGCUGGGGAAUCUGGCAAGUCAACAUUCCUCAAACAAAUGCGUAUAAUUCACGGAGUUCAUUUUGAUUAUCAAAUGCUGCGUGAAUACCAAAAUGUGAUAUACCAAAAUGUUAUAAGAGGAAUGCAAGUCUUGUUGGACGCUCGAGAAAAGCUGGAAAUUGCGUGGGGAAACGACGGCCGAGAACAGGAUGCUAAUGAUACCAAAUUGAUGGAUUGUAAUGGAUUAGAGUCACCUAGGUUUAUGGAAUAUGCGCCGCACAUUCAACGCCUCUGGCAAGAUCGCGGAAUUAGAAGAGCUUUCGAGAGGAGGCGUGAAUUUCAAAUUAGUGAUUCUGUUAGCUAUUUUCUAGACGAUAUAGAGCGGUUAGCUGAACCAGAUUAUGUGCCAACGCAUAAAGACAUAUUGCAUUGCCGGAAGGCAACCAAAGGGGUCUAUGAGUUUUGUGUCAAAGUACAGAACAUUCCAUUUGUCUUCGUCGAUGUGGGUGGCCAGCGAACUCAACGUCAAAAAUGGACUAGAUGUUUUGAUAGUUCGGUAACGUCCAUUAUAUUUCUGGUCUCUAGUUCCGAGUUCGAUCAAGUGCUUGCGGAAGAUAGUUGCAGAAAAACCAAUCGUCUGGAAGAAUCAAAGAAUAUAUUCGAUACCAUUGUCAAUAACAACACAUUCAAAGGAAUAUCAAUUAUUUUAUUUAUAAACAAAACAGACUUACUGGAAAAGAAAGUUUGUAAUCCUGAGACUGACAUUCGCUGGUACUAUCCACAGUUUAAUGGAAAUCCACACUCAAUUUUGGAUGUUCAAAACUUCAUUCUUCAAAUGUUUAUGAGCGUUCAUCGCAGUAGCAGCGUAUCUAGGAUAUACCAUCAUUUUACCACCGCCAUAGACACGCGCAAUAUUAAUGUAGUGUUUAAUUCGGUAAAGGACACAAUAUUGCAACGUAACUUAAAUGCUCUUAUGCUGCAGUAGCAUUAUACCUACAGCUCUGACAAUCUGUAUGUUUUGAAAUGUGUAAUAUAAAUUUUUAGAAUUGUUUGAUCCUUGA